AUGUCGAAAGUCACAGGGUACAAAGACAAGGUCAUCGGUGCAUCCAAGGAAGCCGUCGGCAGCAUCGCGAGCGAGCGGCUGCGGACCGAGGGAGAAGCUCAGAGGUUCCAAGGGCAGACGGAGAUCGACCAAGCCAAGGUGCAGAAUCGGGCCCAGGCGAUCGGUGACAAGAUCUCGGGUGCCUUCAAGGAAGGAACCGGAACGCUCACGGGGGACGCAUCUCUGAAACAAGAGGCCCUUGCGGACUUACCAGACGGCAUCUGGGGAGACAUUCUCCUGCGAUGUAGUCCCUGCGACGCAAUCAGCCUGGCGCGUGUCGACAAGAAGGCGUGGAGUUGUUUUCGUCGACUCCGGAAGCAGAUCAUCACGGACUUCGUACGGGAGAGUGUGGUGUCCGCCCCCGUCACAACGAGUGGUGUGGAUCUCAAUCAGGUACAGGAUGAGGAAGACCUGGUCAACUGUUGCAGCGCAGAUUUCCGCUUCUCAACGCUUCAGCAGUCGAGGUUGCGCCGCAUCCUGCGACAGGCAAGGUAUGAUGAAGCUGAGGGUCUGCAGUGCGUCGUGGACGCACUAUUUCAGGCAGUAACAGAGAGCGACUUGGCGAGGACGUGGCUAGGUAAUCUCACCAUCAUGGGCGACAGGAAGUGCGAUACCAUUUCCCGUAGUCUGGGUGUUUUUCUAGAGUUGAGUGCGACGGAGGACCAAGCGUGGCUAGCCGUAGCCGUCGAUGUGGACGAUCUCCAGUCCCGCUUACUGAGGCGUCUGUCGGUAGAGUGGCACCAUCUACCCCCACCGCUCAGGUUUUCGGUAGGAUUUCGCCCUGAUCAUUGGGAUGAUAAGCAUCAGAAGCACGAACUCGGUUGCGACAGCUGGCACGAGAUUGCGAGAGAGACGGCUCGUGAUGAGUGGGCAUGGUAUCAGGAAGGCGAGGCCCGAACGCUAGCAGUCGCAGCCGAUGGAUUUGGCCAGGUCGUGGGUUCAUAUUUCUGGGAGGAGUACGAUCUCUUCUUUGGAAGCCGCUUGAGGUAUCCUGGAAAUAAGGAACAAUGA